UGGCGAUUGAGGACAACCGUAAUGUCGCGACUGACCAAUCAAAAUCAAGGAUUUCAGGUAGUGCGUAAUACAAAUGAAAUAAAAUGUGGUAAUAUUUGGUUGAUAUUUCGUUAUUGCACAGUAGUACAAAAAGAUAAAAUCUAGCAUGUAUUUUUGUGUUGUAUUUUUAAACAUGCUGUGUUAUCAGAUACACAAAUAGUUUUUUUUUUUUUUUUCGCUUGGUGCUUGGACCACUUCCGGUGUCUUUUUUAGCAUAUCUCCCGCGCACUGCGUGCAAAGAAAAAUAGCUGUACAGGAUGCCUGGAUCCACACUAAAAAUGUGCAGAUCAUGCAAUGUCCACAUUUCAGUGGCGUGCAAAACCUGCAAACAUUGCGGGCAAAAACAAGACAUGAAAAAGGCAGUAAAACUUUCAAAACAAAAAAUAAAUGACAAGUGGGUCAAAAACAUGAAAGGUGGAAAUAAUUUUUGUAAACUCCUAAAUUCUGCAAAUGUUUUGAUUCACAAAAUGCAUGCCUUAGGGAGGUAUCCUCUUCUUCUCUUGGGGAAGAGGAAUGUUUUUGGAACCUUCUCAACUGACGUGAUCACAGCCAAUUCCUUUUUAUCCCCAGAGGAGGUGUCCAUUGACACAAUAAAGAACAUCUUUACAAGUCUUCUAAAAGUGAAAUAUUCUGCCCAGGACAGUGGAGUUGAGACAUGCAUCCAAAGCAUGUCGUCCAGUGAGGAAGAUCGUGGUGCUAGCAAUAAAGGGGAUGAUCUCAGUGGCAGCACUGGUGAGGAUGUUGUUACUUUAUUCCUUACUCCAGUGGAUCUCUCAUGCGAACCCUCUCACAAAAAGAGGAUCCUGGAGAAAUCUAAAGGUCCUGAGGACUCUGUCCAAGCCUCUGCUUCAGCACCCAAUGCCCUUCAUCUACCCAUCUCAAAAUUGAUUACAGGUCCUGAGGACUCUGUCCAAGCCUCUGCUUCAGCAUCCAAUGCCCUUCAUCUACCCAUCUCAAAAUUGAUUACAGGUCCUGAGGACUCUGUCCAAGCCUCUGCUUCAGCACCCAAUGCCCUUCAUCUACCCGUCUCAAAAUUGAUUACAGGUCCUGAGGACUCUGUCCAAGCCUCUGCUUCAGCACCCAAUGCCCUUCAUCUACCCAUUUCAAAAUUGAUUACAGGUCCUGAGGACUCUGUCCAAGCCUCUGCUGCAGCACCCAAUGCCCUUCAUCUACCCGUCUCAAAAUUGAUUACAGGUCCUGAGGACUCUGUCCAAGCCUCUGCUUCAGCACCCAAUGCCCUUCAUCUACCCAUCUCAAAACUGAUUAUAGGUCCUGAGGACUCUGUCCAAGCCUCUGCUUCAGCACCCAAUGCCCUUCAUCUACCCAUCUCAAAAUUGAUUACAGGUCCUGAGGACUCUGUCCAAGCCUCUGCUUCAGCACCCAAUGCCCUUCAUCUACCCAUCUCAAAAUUGAUUACAGGUCCUGAGGACUCUGUCCAAGCCUCUGCUUCAGCACCCAAUGCCCUUCAUCUACCCGUCUCAAAAUUGAUUACAGGUCCUGAGGACUCUGUCCAAGCCUCUGCUUCAGCACACAAUGCCCUUCAUCUACCCGUCUCAAAAUUGAAGAAAUUUAACUACAAGAUUAAAGACUGCCCAGUGCAUUUAAACAAAGAAGACUUUCCAUUUGUAAAAACCAUGGGAACGAGAAUAUCAAGAAAUGGGAAAAAAGAGACAAAGGUGCGCUGGCAGCCUUGCUCUGGCUGUGGAGUAAAGUGGAAGGACACGUGGGAGCCUUAUGAACUUUUUCAUUCAGUUGAAUAAAAAGUGUUUUUUGUUUGUUUGUUUUUUUCAAAAGCUUAAUGCACUAAACCAUUACAGAAGAUUUGUUUUAAUAUAGAGACACUUCAAGAUAUUAUUAAACUGUAUUGAUUUGUCUGUCUCUAUCUGCAAUGUGCACUCAUGUUUAUCUUGACCACUCCCUCUUGUAUUAUAAGUUAAUUUGUCCCAGCUGUUGUUCUUCAUUACCCUCCUCAAUUCUUUUCCUAUAUUUCUCCCCAUUUUCUCUGUCCUCAGUUUGUUGUGUCUAGUCUCCUUUGUGGUUCCCCUGCAGGAGUCCUGACCCAUGUUAUUUUUGCACCUAUUUUUGCACCUGCACCUGAGAGGUGUUUGAGAGGACUGUUUUCCCUCAUUGGGGAGGUUUUCGCUGAAGUUUUGUCAUUGUUCAAUAAAGCUCAAGUGC